ACCAAAAGCUGUGGCAUCCAUAACUAAUAACCAGGUGUUCGAUGGUGAGACUGUCACUCUCACGUGUUCCAUACAGGGAGGAGUUGCUUCUGAUUGGCAGUACAGUUGGUUUAAAAAAGAAUCAUCUACUCCUGUCAUCGAAAAACCCAUGUAUAGAAUCAGUCCUGUUAGAGAGUCUGAUAGUGGUGAAUACACCUGCAGAGGAAAGGAGACAAAAACCUCACGCUACUCAAAGCCCAGUUCUGCUGUUAGACUGACUGUAUCAGAUUUACCCAGAGCUUCACUGACUGUAGAUCCAGACAGUACUGUGUUCACUGGAGAGUCAGUCACUCUGAAGUGUGAGAUUACUGGUAAUUGGGGAUGGAGAUAUCAGUGGUAUAAAGGCAGCAGUCAGAUUACAACAUUUACAUAUAAGAAACACACCCUCAUCAUCAGUUCAGCAGCAGAUCAGGAUCAGUACUGGUGUAGAGGAGAGAGAGAUAACAGACCCAGAUCAUCACAGAACAGUAAUAAAGUUACUCUUACAGUGAGAGAGAUACCAACAGCUGUGGUGACCAUAAAUCCUGCUAAUCAGGUUUUCAGUGGAGAGAGAGUCACUCUCAGAUGUGAUUUACAGGGAGGAGGAGGGUUUGAGUGGACGUACAGCUGGUAUAAGAAAGGAAACCCAGAUUCUCCAUUCAGCUCAACACAGGAGUAUGAAAUCAGCUCUGUUGAAUAUUCUCACAGUGGUGAAUACUUCUGCAGAGGAACAGUGAGAGAAACCCAACGCUACUCACACACCAGUACUGCUGUUACACUGACUGUAUCAGAGAGACCAAAACCUGUGGUGACCAUAAAUCCUGCUAAUCGGGUUUUCAGAGGAGAGAGCGUCACUCUCAGAUGUGAUUUACAUGGAGGAGGAGGGUUUGAGUGGACGUACAGCUGGUAUAAGAAAGGAAACCCAGUUUCUCCAUUCAGCUCAACACAGGAUUAUGAAAUCAGCUCUGUUUCAGACUCUCACAGUGGUGAAUACUCCUGCAGAGGAACAGUGAGAGAAACCCAACGUCACUCACACACCAGUACUGCUGUUAGACUGACUGUAUCAGAUUUACCCAGAGCUUCACUGACUGUAGAUCCAGACAGUACUGUGUUCACUGGAGAGUCAGUCACUCUGAAGUGUGAGAUUACUGGUAAUUGGGAAUGGAGAUAUCAGUGGUAUAAAGGCAGCAGUCAGAUUACAACAUUUACAUAUAAGAAACGCUCCUUCACCAUCAGUUCAGCAGCAGAUCAGGAUCAGUACUGGUGUAGAGGAGAGAGAGAUAACAGACCCAGAUCAUCACAGAACAGUAAUAAAGUUACUCUUACAGUGAGAGAUGUACCCACACCUACACUGACUGUAGCUCCAGCCAGUACUGUGUUCACUGGAGAGUCAGUCACUCUGAAGUGUGAGAUUACUGGUUAUGAUGGAUGGAGUUAUCAGUGGUAUAAGAGGAAUAAUGGGGGUGAAUGGUCUGCAGUGUAUCAGUCUGUGUAUUACACUGUGAACAGCAACACUCUCACCAUCAGAGAAGAUGCUGUGAUUAAUGGAGAUCAGUACCGGUGUAGAGGAGAACUAAGUAACCGACCAUCAUCACAGUACAGUAACUCUGUUACACUCACUGUAAAAGAUUUACCCAGAGCUUUUUUUGGAAUUCUUGAUGUUUAUGUACCCACACCUACACUGACUGUAGAUCCAGACAGUACUGUGUUCACUGGAGAGUCAGUCACUCUGACGUGUGAGAUUACUGGUUAUGAUGGAUGGAGAUAUCAGUGGUUCUAUAAGAAGAAUAAUGGGGGUGAAUGGUCUGCAGUGCCUCGUUAUGAGUAUUAUACUGUAAACAGCAACACUCUCACUAUCAGAAAAGAUGCUGUGAUUAAUGGAUAUCAGUACCGGUGUAGAGGAGAACUAAGUAACCGUCCAUCAUCACAGUACAGUAACUCUGUUACACUCACUGUAAAAGGUUUACCCACACCUACACUGACUGUAGCUCCAGACAGUCCUGUGUUCACUGGAGAGUCAGUCACUCUGAAGUGUGAGAUUACUGGUUAUGAUGGAUGGAGUUAUCAGUGGUUCUAUAAGAAGAAUAAUUGGGGGGAUAAUUGGUAUGCAGUGCCUCGUUAUGAGUAUAACACUGUAAACAGCAACACUAUCACUAUCAGAGAAGAUGCUGUGAUUAAUGGAGAUCAGUACCGGUGUAGAGGAGAACAAAGUAACCGACCAACAUCAUCACAGUACAGUAACUCUGUUACACUCACUGUAAAAGAUGUACCCACACCUACACUGACUGUAGCUCCAGACAGUACUGUGUUCACUGGAGAAGAAGAUGCUGUGAUUAAUGGAGAUCAGUACCGGUGUAGAGGAGAACUAAGUAACCGUCCAUCAUCACAGUACAGUAACUCUGUUACACUCACUGUACAAGCUUUACCCAGAGCUACACUGACUGUAGAUCCAGACAGUACUAUGUUCACUGGAGAGUCAGUCACUCUGAAGUGUGAGAUUACUGAAAAACCUAAACCUGAACUCACAUCAAGUCUUAACGGAGCUGCACUGAUAGGAAACCCAGUGACUCUGUACUGUAAUCUGAAGCAGUCUGCUGGAUGGAGGUUCUACUGGUUCAAACACACACAGACCCCUGAGAGUGAGACCACCACUGAUACACACUCCUCCUACACCAUCAGACCAGUUAAUGUCUCUGAUGGAGGUCAGUACUGGUGCAGAGCUGGGAGAGGAGAUCCAGUCUACUACACUCACUACAGUGAUGCACUCUGGGUAAACGUUACUGCUUUAUCUCCUCCAGUAUCUCUGAUCGUCAGUCCCAGCAGAUCACAACACUUUACUACUGACUCUCUCUUACUGAUCUGUGAGGAACAGAGUAGCUCUACUGGAUGGAGAGUGAGACGAUACUCUCUCAGUGAGAGUAAGGUGUCAGAAUGUUCAUCAGGCUGGGGAUCAGUUACAGGAUCUACAUGCAACAUCAGCUCCCACUACACUAAUGACACUGGAGUGUACUGGUGUGAGUCUGAAUCUGGAGGAAGCAGCAGUGCUGUUAACAUCACAGUGCACAAUGGUUCUGUAAUUCUGGAGAGUCCUGUUCAUCCUGUAACUGAGGGAGAUCCUCUGACUCUACACUGUUUAUAUCGUGAUCCAAAGUCCUCAGAUCUCACAGCUGAUUUCUAUAAAGAUGGAUUAUUACUCCAGACCCAGACUACAGGAGAGAUGAUCAUCCCUACUGUCUCAAAGUCAGAUGAAGGUCUCUACCACUGUAAAAUCCCAGAGAAAGGAGAGUCUCCACAGAGCUGGAUCUCAGUCAGAGAUUCUACUUCAUCUAAUAUUUCACCAGUAGUAUUGGCGCUGGGACUGAGUUUAACCCUGUUCCUCAUCAUCAUGCUCUGCGUGUUUUUUUGCUACAAGAAGAAGAAGAAAGGAAAUCAGAAAGAUGCCAGUGUUUCUUCAGUCCAGAAUCAGAAUCCAGGAGCUAUUCCACUGCAGGCUGGAAAUGAUCACAUUUAUGACGAUGUGGGUGCAAAGGAAAAUAAUAACACAGAGGAUACUGAAGCUAACGCCAGUGAGGUAACUUAUACACAAGUGAAGUUUUCAAAAAAGAAACUCAAAGGGAAAGAUGAUUCUGAGACUGACGCCAGUGAUGUAACUUACGCCCAAGUCACGCCUAAAAAGAAACCCAAAGGAAAAGACAAGGAAGCGACUGAGCCAAGUGAUGUGACUUAUUCCCUCAUUCAGAUGAAAACCUUGACACCUUGCAGUGAAGAUGAAGCCAAUCCUGGGCCAAGUGAUGCCAAUCCUGGUCCAAGUGAUGCCAAUCCUGGGCCAAGUGAUGUCGUUUACUCACAAAUUCAGAUAAAACCCAAGAAACCCAAAGUUAAAGAUGUUAAAGCUGAACCCAGUGAUGUGACUUAUGCUGAAAUAGAUCUGAAGGACAAGAAGAACCUAAAGGAAAAUGAGAACAAGCUGCAAAAGGAUGCUGAUGCUGGACCUAGUGAUGUGACUUAUGCUGAAAUUGAUCUGAAGGACAAGACGAAAACAAAGAAAAAACCUCCUGUUCCUCCCAAGGGGAAAGGCUGUGCAGCAAGUAAUACAGUCUACUCUGAACUGAAACAGAACCUACAGAGACCCUAAAUCUUCAGCACGGAUUUGAAACUGAAACGGAAACAGUGCCAUGAGUGACCAAGGUCUUCUAAACUGUGAGAAUAUUAAGAACAGUACUGUGCAUUUUUUAGGCACCUGUGAGACUUGUAAAAAAGAAUGUAAAAGCUCUUUUUCUGGGCAGAAAGUGUUUAUUAUUCUUUCAUAUAAAUAAUAUCAAUAAUAUCAAUACAAAAAUAUGUGUAAUUUUACAUCACUUUGUUCAUUAAAACAUCUCCAUUGUUCUCCUCAUUGGAGUGUAGUAUAUAUUUUUUUUGUAGAUCUCAUUGUAUAAGCAGCUGGUUUGGUAAAUAAGUGCUUAAUAAUGGUAAAUCAGGUGAGCUGCUGAUGGAAUUGAACAAAUCCACUGGGGCACAGUCCAGGAGAAGCCUGGAUCUAAGACUUGUUCUUCAGACUAGCUCUCAAGAUCCCAACUACUUUCUUCAAAAUGUGAAAUGUUUUAGCUACAUCUGUUCUAAUGGGAUCUGCAGUUUUUACAGCAAACUUAAUCUUAUUACUGAGAUAAUUGAUUUAUAACAAUGAGCUUACGUGCCUAAAACAUAUGCACAGUACUGGUUGUUGUAGAGGUUUGGUGGGAAGGCUGCACAGAAAAAAUGGUAUUGCAAUAUUAGGUUGUUCUGUAAUAUUUAUUGCAGUGUAAAAAAAUACAGAAAAUUUAAGCUGAUUGUUCCAGAAGUCAAAGAUCCAAUGUCUAGAUUUUAAUAAUGUCCUACAUGUAUUAAAGAUUUAAGUAAAAAUAAUAUUGGACAGAGAUAAUCUGAGAAAAAUAAGAUAUUGGAACAUGAUGUGUAUAAUUUAAUCAUUUUAUCUUGCACUGUGACAUUGCAUUAGUGAUACUGAAAUUAUAUAUACAGGGGUUAGACAAUGAAACUGAAACACCUGGUUUUAGACCACAAUAAUUUAUUGUCCUGACGGACAGUUCUGGUGGAAACAGGAGAGUUGAGGUGCAGACAGCUUCCUCUUGCAUCCACAGUUAAUCCUGUUGGAUGUGGUUGGUCCUUCUUGGUGGUAUGCUGACAUUACCCUGGAUACCGUGGCUCUUGAUACAUCACAAAGACUUGCUGUCUUGGUCACAGAUGCGCCAGCAAGACGGGCACCAACAAUUUGUCCUCUUUUGAACUAACUUGCUAAUUGAACCUUCACACUCUGCUCUUACUGGUGCAAUGUGCAAUUAAUGAAGAUUGACCACCAGGCUGCUCCAGUUUAGCCAUGAAACCUCCCACACUAAAAUAACAGGUGUUUCAGUUUCACUGUCCAACCCCACUAUAAAUAUAUAGUUCAGUAUAGUUCAGUAUACUCCUGAUUAAAACUUUAAAGGGUGCAGAUAGAACAUGAUUAGAAAAAAAGAGUUUGCUUUGUCUAGAUCAGACCAGCUAAAUUCCAUUUGAUCCAUGUUUAAAUUUGAUCAGAGUUAAAGUGAAAAAUUAAGCAUUGUGUGGCGACCCUAAACGCCCUAUUUGGCUAUUUACAAAGAAAAAAUAAAUAAAUAAAUAAAACUAAACCAACUACGCCACCCCUUGGUUUAUACCUAGAGCAAAGGGGAGCUCUGUAAGUAAAAAUGCACAC